UUAUAAUCUCUGGGGUGAAAAAACAAUGUUUUUGCAGAAAGAGAUGAGACCCUGCAGGAUCACUCAAUUUUAUUCCCAAAAGCGAACAACAAAAAUGUGAUAAGGUGCCAGCAAGACAUUCAAGAAGCAGAAAAGCAAACACCCAGAAUUCUCCAUUCUUGCUUCUUUCAACUGAUGUUGAUACCUUAGAAUAGAACCCUUGAACAGAAGGGCAUAGAAAGAGGUUAGCAUCCUAUCGAUGAACACAAGGCAUUGUGGUUGAUAAAGACAAAUUCAUUGUGGUUUUUUGUUGGGAUUUUAUAAUAGUUUUAGCAAAAGGCAAAGUGGGUAUUGCUUCAAUGUGGAUACGCUUUAGUGGACAUAUUACAUCGUUUACUAGUAUAAACUAGGCCAAGGUAAAACGAGAAAAACAUAAAUAAAGACAAAAUCUUGAGGUUGCUCAGAGCACUGAGGCUUGUUUCAUCAGCAUGUCUGUUGCUGUUGUGUGGGUUGUUUCUCCCGCGUCUGAGGUUGGGUCCGGGUUUUUGGAUUCAGUAAGGGAUGGGAAUAAUCGUGUUCUGGCUUGGGAUAGGAGUUUGGUGUGCAAUGACAGGGUUAAGUUGGGUGGGAAACGGAGGUGGAAUUCGAGCUCUCUCAAUGCAGAUUUGAAGUAUUCUUGUUCACGAGGAUCGGGAUUAGAGAAUGGGGGAAGAUUCUCGAUUCUUGCUAGUGCAGUGGCUACUACUCCCGCUGGGGAAAUGAAGAUGACGACCUCCGAGCAAAAGGUCUAUGAUGUGGUCUUGAAGCAGGCGGCGAUGGUGGAUAGAAAGUUCAGAUCUAGUGAAAAACCGGAGGUGAAGACCGACAUGAUUCUUCCCCGAGACUUGGGCGUGUUGAGUGAAGCAUAUGAUCGGUGUGGUGAAGUCUGUGCAGAGUAUGCAAAGACGUUUUAUUUGGGGACCAUGCUAAUGACACCCGAGAGGAGAAGAGCUAUCUGGGCAAUAUAUGUAUGGUGUAGGAGAACGGAUGAGCUUGUUGACGGUCCUAAUGCAUCGCAUAUAACCCCGAAAGCUUUGGAUAGGUGGGAGGCUAGGCUGGACGACAUUUUUGGAGGGCGUCCGUUUGAUAUGCUUGAUGCUGCAGUAUCCUAUACGGUUUCCAAGUUUCCAGUUGAUAUUCAGCCAUUCAGAGAUAUGAUUGAAGGGAUGCGGAUGGACCUUUGGAAGUCGAGAUACAAGAAUUUCGACGAGCUGUAUCUCUACUGCUACUAUGUUGCUGGAACUGUCGGUCUGAUGAGCGUCCCGGUUAUGGGCAUUGCACCCGACUCGAAGGCCACCACCGAGAGUGUCUACAACGCUGCUUUGGCGUUAGGCAUCGCGAAUCAACUUACCAACAUUCUCAGAGAUGUGGGAGAGGAUGCGAGACGAGGAAGGGUGUAUUUACCCCAAGACGAGCUAGCUCAGGCGGGGCUAUCUGACGAGGACAUAUUUGCAGGAAGAGUAACAGACAAGUGGAGGAACUUCAUGAAGAAACAGAUCCUGAGGGCAAGGAAAUUCUUCGAUGAAGCAGAACGAGGAGUAACCGAGCUCAGCUCCGCCAGCAGAUGGCCCGUGUGGGCAUCACUGCUGCUGUAUCGCAAGAUCCUCGAUGAGAUCGAAUCCAAUGACUACAACAACUUUACGAGGAGAGCAUAUGUGAGCAAGCCAAAGAAGUUGCUUAUGUUGCCUGUUGCAUAUGCAAAAUCUAUGGUUCCAGCAAGCUUGAACUGAACAUCAAUGGGGGCUCGGGAUCCAGAAACUGAUGCAUAGUACAGUACAGGAAGCAGAUGUUUGUAUACUAUACAGAUUACUGAAAUUUCAGUGUAAAAUCAAAGGUAUAUUGUAUGUAUAUUCAUUAUUCAGUAUACCAACUUCAUGUACUGUGAAUA